CGCUAUUAUCGUAAAUAAUACAUCGAUCAACAUGAGGCCGAUUCAGAUUCUAGCACCUGUUGUUGGGCUAAUUGCUACUGCGAAGGCUGGCGGACUGAGCACAGUGUGGACGACUGUCGUGGAAACCGACUAUACUACUUAUUGUCCGUCCGCAACUACAUUUGCAUGGAAAAAUGUGACCUAUACUGCUACAACAGAGACAACCCUCACCAUCACUAACUGCCCUUGCACUGUCACCUACUCUCAACCUCCUCCGGUUACCACGACGUCAUAUGCUACUACUCCAACAUAUGUCCCGACUGGAACUAUUGGCACCUCAUAUUCCUCCUACUCUAACGCAAGCUCAACGGUCAUCACUUUCACGCCGCCGCCAUCGACAUACAUCUCCGGAACUACACCUAUCACAGUUAGCGCGACUAAUACUCCUAUCCCGCCAACUACCAGUGGGCCUAUCGUGAUACCCACCGCGGGUGCUGAGAAGUUGGCGGCGCCUGCCGGAGCUCUCCUCGUUGUCGGUCUUGCCGCCUUUGCUCUGUAGGAUCAUUGGAUCUUGUGAUACUUUGAAAUUCUACAUAUACCCCCCUCCCCUUUUUCUACAAGUCUUUUUAUGGAUUGCGGACUAUUCUCAGAGUUGUUUGAGAGAUAGAUGGCAGCGUGGCGCGAAGUCCUGGUGGACUAGUUCGAUACCCUCCUUGAGCCAAGGAUAUAUAACUUGGUACAUACGUUUUUACGAUACAUGUGUUUGACGAGGUAAUGUGGGCUGCAUAGGAGCAAACGGAGUUUAUAUGCUGAGGCUCACAUGGGGGGAUUUGCAUUUUUACCUACCUACUUACUAGGUAACCUACCAACAAUUUUUAAUCCAUGUGCGUGUAUCUACGCAUAUUGGCUAAUUCCAUGCCACCACGGCAGAAAACAAAAACCACGCUCUCUAAUGAGACUUUAGCCCGGUAUUCGGGCAUCGCAAUAAUCUAGUACAUAGACUAAAAUAUAUUAAUUUGGUUUAUA